AUGCAGGACGUUCAGGUGGAAGGUGGCUUUCUCGGAAGAAGUCUCGGCGGUCCCCUCACCGAGAGCCGCUCGAUAAAUGUUAUCCCACCCCCGGCAUCGGAAAAGCUACAUCGCCUCAAAUCUAUAUCGCUCGGUCGCGAGAGGGCCUCGCCCAAUUCUGGCGACCGGGAUGAGUCUCCUACUGCAGGUUCCGGGCCUGCUGCAUUCGUACUUCCCAACGACCUGCAGGUCCUCUCCGCCGAGCUCGCGCAUCCAGCCUCCACGGACAUCCUCGCCGUCAUAGGCAUCCUCCAAAAGAGCGGCCCGGCAGACGCACGGACAUCCCGGUCCGCGCUCCUGCGAGCGGGGGCCUGCUACCUGGCACACGAUGCCGAGAGCGCCGUCAGCGCACACGCCGGCCAGGCACGCAAACUGGCCCGCGCACGCCUGCACCUGGCAUUCCACGAGGCUGUCAGGCCUCCCCCCGACCUCUCUCGGGCCCAGGCAGAGACCCUGCGUCCCCUCCUCGCCCGCCUGAGGCUCCAGCUGGCGCUGCAGGCCUGGCGGCAGGCGCUGCGCCGGUUCCGGCUCCAGGCCGCGGUCGCGGCGCGCUGUGCGCACGGCGCUGACGCCGGGCGCGUGCGCACAGCGCUGCUCGGCUGGCGCGAGAUGGCGCUGCCCUCGGCCGAGGCGCUGGCGGUGGCGGCGCGUGUGGAGGCGCAGAGGAAGGAGGCGGCGCGUCGUGCCUCCCUGCGAGCAUGGGCGGAGGCUGCGCACCUGUCCAGGCGCUGGGCAUCAUGCUCAGUCCAGAUCUCGGCAUCGGUGGGGUCGCACCGCCUGCGAUCCGCCUGGGCGCACUGGCGCGCCUUUGCGCUGAGCGUUGCAGCAGUGGGCCCCGGCGCCGCUGAGCCGGAGCAGCGCGAAGAUUCCAGGGCUGGCUCCAGGCACGGCGUGCUGCGGCCGCUGGCGCGCCUGGUGCGGGAGGCCCGGGCCGCAGAGGCCGCGCUGUGGGCCUCCGACCUGGCGACCCGCCUGCGCUAUUAUGCUGGCGGCGAGGAGUGGGCAGGAGGUGCGUCGUCGCCGGGGAGUGCCCUCCCCGAUGAGAACCUGCGUGAUGCUUAUGAGGAUCGGGUGACGUGCCAGUCGUCGGAGUACGGGCUCCUCAAGGCUUCCACAUCGGGCUCUGGCAUGUACGCCUCACCACAUGGGCCUCUGCUCGGCGCCGGCGCCGCGCAGCCCGCCGAGGAUGUAGGCUCCUCGGCCCUGCCGUCGCUCGCAGGGUGCGCGGUGCGGUACCGGCAGCGACGGCUGCUGGCCGAGGUACUGCGUGCGCUGCGGUGCCACGCCGACGAGGCGAGGCGGCUGAACGACGCGGCACGGCACCACGCCCGCACGACCCUCUCGCGGCGCGCGCUGCGCCUCUGGCGCGAGGAGCACGCUCGCUGCGCAUCCCUGGCCGCGAGCGGGCGGCAGCGGCGCGCGGCGCGGACCCUGCGCACCGUCCUUUUGGGUUGGCGAGCGGAGGCGGGCAGGGCGCCGUCCCUGCGCAACACGGCGGCUGCUGUCGAGGCCGCCAGCGUCAGAUGGCGCAAGGCCCACCUCCUGCGGCGCUGGAGGGCGCAGGCUGAGCUAGCGCUACGCGCGCGGGCGCUGGAGCGCUCCACGCUGACGAGGCGUAUGAGGCGAGCCUUCCGGGCCUGGCGCACCGAGGCGUCCGCGGGGCUGGCGAGGGCGCGGGCGCGGCGCAUGGAGGUGGCCGCACGCUAUGCGGCAGAUGCCUUCAGCGCCACCAAGCACCUCAUCUUCACCCUUUGA